AUGUCGCCGACGCCGGUCGUAGGGCACGAGAAGGAGGCGGAGGCGACGCCGGAAUCAGGGCACAGGAAGGAGGCGGCAGCGGAGGAUGAGGUUACCUUAACGCCGGUGAAGCCCGAGGCGGCGGCGGAAGGAAAGAGAGCCUACAUCCACAUCAAGGUAACGAGCCAGACUUUCCCGGACGCCUUCGUCCGCGCCAAGCGCAAAGUCGUGCUGAGCCGCGUCAUGGACAUGUACUGCGACAAGCACUCGCUCAAUCCGGAAGCCGUCGUGUUCCUGAACGACGAGGGCAAGCGCAUCAGGCCCUCGCAAACGGCGGAGGAGGCCGGCUUGGAUGACGGCGAGGUUAUCAGCGUCCACAUCGCCCAGCUCGGCGGCUCCGGCCGUGCUUCGGCCUAG